AUAACCACCCAUCCCAUCCCCGAAAGGAGACGUGAGACAUCGACUAUCCCGUCGUCGAGGUUCUGCCUGCCUCGUCUCCGUGCCUCGCCCACCGCGUUCCCGGACCGAAUUGUCGCGAUAACAGCGAGCCUUCCCCCGGAAGGCCCCUCAUAAAUCCAGGCGUCAUGGCGGACGUCCGGUCCAAGAACCUCUAUGAGCUUCUUGGAAAUGAUCCCGAGUUAGACCCCAACAGAGAGCCCGAGCCUCCCACAAGGGCGCUGGACAAGCCUGUUGCCCGACUUGGCAAGCGCGAUGCUCCCAAGGAAGCCCCUACUCGUCCCGAGGGACAAACCUCCCGUCCUCGUGGCGGACGUGCCACUGGCAACGAGGCCGCUUUCCGUGACCGCAACGCUGGUAGGGGCAACAACCGCGACAAGCCCGUCGAGGAAUCUGGCAACCAGGGCAACCGUGGUGGACGUGGUCCCCGUCGCGACCGCCAGUCCCGCACCGGCCAGGCUGAUACCCGCAAGCAGGUGAACCAGGGCUGGGGUAACCAGGACGGUGAAAAGACCUGGGACGACGAGCGGGCCGCUGAUAACAUCGCCAAGGCCGAUGAGAACGAGCCCCAGACCCCCGCCGAGGAGGAGGAGCCCGUUGACAAGUCCAAGUCUUUCGCCGACUACCUCGCUGAGAAGGCUGCCCGCGAAGACCUGGCCGCCAAGCCCGUCCGUGCUGCCAACGAGGGCUCCAAGUCCGACAAGAAGUGGGCUGGUGCUAAGGAAAUCAAGCGCAGCGACGAAGAGGAGGCCUACAUCCAGGGCAAGGAUGACAAGAGCAACAAGAGCGCCCCCAAGCAGCGCAAGGAAAAGAACUACCUUGAUGUCGACAUGCGUUUCGUCGAGGCUCCCCGCACUGGUGGCAGCGCUCCCCGCGGCCGUGGCCGUGGUGGUGGCCGUGGUGCCGGUCGCGGAGACCGUGGCUCUGGCCGUGGAGGCCGUGGCAACGGACCUCGCAGCGACCGCCCCGCCCCCGUCACCGUCGACGAGAAGAACUUCCCCAGCCUUGGCGGCAAAUAAAUGAACUCGUCCAUUUUCCCGCAAAUGUCCACACGUUUACACGAACUUCGGGAAACUCGGAACACGAUCAGAGAAUGAUGCAGAGCAGUUGUAGGCAGGUUUUCCUUUCAGGAAUAUCAGCGCGCAAAUAAAGUGUGGCAAAGGCGAGACUGAGAAGGAUAUAACCCAUUCCGUUUUUAGGUCUCUUUUUCAAACAAAAAUCGGCUCCCCCAUGUACUUUGAUUUGAAUGUCAAAAAUAGGAAAGUGAAAUUCAAAACACAUGAAUUAGAUAUAAGCCGUAGGUCCUGAGUAGAUUGCAGAAGCCGGAAGCUGCAUCAAACUACAUUACGAUAUGAGUGGUCUGAUGUACGAGCUUACCCCAGACAAUCACGG